AUGGUCCGACCGGAAAUAAUAACGGGUGGUCGCUUAGGGACUGGUGAACACGAUCCAGAUUGGCCGGUGAAGGAAAAUGAAAGUACCGAUGAUGGCUCUGAUAUCAGCGCAAACAAUUUCGCGCCCCGCGGCGCGUCGAAGUUUCAGGAUCGGAUAAGGAACAAACUCCCCAAGCCGCUAGAUCUGAGGGCGUCUCGUCAGGGGGCAGCCUUGGGGAAACUGUACGACGCUUGCAUGGCAGUGUUGAACUCGCAGAUCGGCCAGAGCGACAACGAGAAGUUCUUGGAGCAAUUUGGUUAUGUGAUCGUGGCAUCGCAGUUACUCAACGAACACAGCGCCCCCUCGUACACAUCCGCUGCCGAUGUCCUCUCCAACGCCCACCCGACGGAUCCGCCGUCCAUGUCCGCCGCCUUCGGGGUCCAGGGAGCGGUCGUCACCGCCUCAACCUCGUUUUCCAUCGCAUGGCUUAUACACUGGAGUCGAUCUCGGACGGGUUCCGGGCUUAACCCUCGAAAAGUCGGAGUUCUGCUGGUGUUGGUUCCCGUCAUCGGAGUGCUGUUCUAUGCGUUUGCGAAGCGGCAGUGGGUCAAGUACGUACGCCACCAAGCGGUAGAUGGCGCCAUCGCUUUCGUGAGCAAUGCACAGGCAUUUGAUUCGGCGGCGUCGGCGUCAGUCGUCUUCAUUCAGGAGGUAGAGCUGGUCUCGAGGGGCUACCGCAUAAGCACCCCAUUACCCCCGAUCAGUCGACUGGAGGAUCAGGCCCAGACGCGCAGGUGUCUGAGGCUGCGUCGGACAGUCUCGGAAUGCUUCUACACUAUGCUAGGACGGUACAUCCGCGCACAACGCACCCUGCAGCCCUUGACGGAUACCGACAAUCUUGCGAAAUACCACGAUAUCUAUGACAUCACCGAUGAGGAACUCGCCGAGGCGGAAACCGCCUUUGCCGAGCGAGAAACCGAGGACCAGUAUUCGUUGCGCGCCCUGCGAAGCCUCUUUGGUAGGCUGUAUCUUGUGCGAAAGAGCAUCCUCUGCUGCCUCCUGGCGUUUGGGGCCGACGGUGGCGGCACUGAUAUCGCCCGAUGGAGCACCGCUGUGGAACAGAUGCGGGAUUUGGCCGAGGUCACGGCGGCCAAUAUACGGAAAAUGAGUAACAUCCUCAAUGAGGAGGACCGCGAUGCCAUCCCUCCUUCUCCACUACCGACAGCGUCCCCGAACAAGGAUAAUCUGCGGGCGCAAUACCGAAAGCUGAACUCGUUGUCCCAAGGGAUCCGUGCUCUGCACGCCAAGAUGCAUGUCUUGCGGGAGGCCUCGAACGCCGACAUUGAAAGUAUGGACGCUACCGAGUUCGAGUCGAACCUCAUGUCCCAGUACGAGUCGAUCGGGACGGACAUCCGCAGCUUGCUCCAAGAGUGGGAAUCCGGCAAGUCGGCUUUGGUGAUGAGCUUGGAUCGACAGUCCAUCGGGGAACGGUCUCGGCCGGGUAGUGGCUUCAGCGGGCUGAAUCUGAAGGUCCCAGAGUCGCCCACGCCCAGUCUUGGGGGCGCUACGGCGGUUGAAGGCAGCCCGUCGGAUGCCUUGAAAGCGUUGAAUGGUGACGGUCGGCCGGAAUCGGGCAUCAUGGACGAGGCCGAGAUUUACGAAGCUGUUGCGCUUCCGGCGCGACAUAAACGAGCGUCUCUCACACGAGAGGAGCGGAUUGCGCGUGUCAAAGAGGACCGCGCCAAACAAGCGGCGGGCCGUGAGCAUACCGAUGCCAACACCAAUAUGCUCAAGGAGUUGCAGAUGGUUAUCAAACAACGGCCAGCGGGGACGUCCAAACGGGUCACGAUGUUGGAAGCCCGCCUCGAACAAGCCAGUCUUCUGAAGCGCGUCGUCGACGCCAUCAAGGACCUGGUUCAAGACUGCAACUUCGACUGCAAUGACUCGGGAAUCGCCCUCCAGGCCAUGGACAACUCGCACGUGGCGCUGGUGUCGAUGCUGUUGAAGGCAGAGGGGUUCUCGCCCUACCGGUGCGACCGCAACAUCGCGCUGGGUAUCAACCUGGUCUCCCUGACCAAGGUGCUGCGCGCCGCCCAGAACGAAGACAUCCUGACGCUCAAGGCGGAUGACUCGCCCGAUGCCGUCAACCUCAUGUUCGAGAGCGCCGAGACCGACCGUCUCAGCGAGUACGAUAUUAAGCUCAUGGAUAUCGACCAGGAGCACCUGGCCAUCCCGGAGACGGACUACGCCGCUACGGUGGAGAUGCCUGCGGCUGAGUUUCAGCGUAUCUGCCGGGAUUUGAACGCUUUGUCUGAGUCGGUGGUUAUCGAGGCCACCAAGGAGGGAGUCAAGUUCUCCUGCCAGGGUGAUAUAGGCAGCGGUUCCGUCACCAUCCGCCAGCACACGAACGUCGACAAGCCCGAUCAGAACGUCUCCAUCGAGCUCGUAGAACCCGUCGCCCUCACCUUCUCCCUCAAGUACCUGGUCAACUUCUGCAAGGCCACCAACCUGUCCGCCAAGGUCCGCCUGUGUCUCUCGCAGGAGGUGCCCCUGCUGGUGGAGUACGGCCUGGGCAGCGGCCACCUCCGGUUCUACCUUGCCCCCAAGAUCGGAGAUGAGGACUAG